CUUGUGAGAAAGUAUAAAAUGCCGACAUGCAGGUUUCAGAGAUACACUUGUCAAAUAUCGAUAGGGAACACAAAGGGAAGAUACCCGAGACAAUCUCCGGACGUAUUGACAGGGACCGAAAACAAGAUGGCGGACGACAAAAAAGCGAAAAUGGAAGAAACGAAAGAUACAAAGAAGGACGAUAAAAAGGCGAAAAAGGAAGAGAAAAAGGAAGAGAAAAAGGAAGAGAAAAAGGAAGAAAUGAAAGAUACAAAGAAGGAGGAGAAAAAGGAAGAAAAAAAGCAAGAAAAGCAUGAUGAAAAGAGGGAGGAGAAAAAAGAAGAGAAAAUAGAGGAAAAGGUUGGCGUUAAGGACAAACGGAAGUGGCCGAUGUCUUAUCAGGAAGAAAUGGAAUAUCUAACAAAGUUUGAAGGGUGUUACACAUAAACAGAAACUCUCGUAUUUAAAUUUCUUCAAAAUGGCUGACAAGUCAAAAGCUGGAGAGAUAACAGUGUUACAAUUCAGGGACGCCGUUCUUAAAUUAGGGUUCCAGGGCAGGACACUGGAAAUCGCACAGAUGUUUGUCGACCUGAACCCCGACGAGGACCGCGUGGUUACGAUAGACGAGUUUAUGAAUGAAAUGUGUAAAGAAGACAGUCGAAAAAGAACGGAGAAAGACAUGCAGGUGAUUUUUAACCAGUUGGAUGCCAAUAAGGAUGGUUUGAUAACUCCUGACGAAAUCGCCUUAUGUCUGAAGAAAAGCAAUCGUUCUAUGCUCGAGGAGAACAUUGAAUCUAUGAUAAAGAAAAAUGACCAUGAUCGCGACGGAGGCCUGUCAUUUAAAGAAUUUUUGGUAGCUGCAAAACGGAAGUAAAAUAUUAUAAGCGGAAGUGACGUUUUAAGAACAACGUAAAACGUAGGAAGUUGUACGAUAUAGUUAGUUAUCAUUUAUUUAGUUUAUUUACCAAGAUAUUAGUCCGAGAUGAUCUUAUACUUUGCCCAUGGUCAAAUGUCUGUCAUACAGUGUAUACUGUCAAAGAAGAAAUCUGAUAUACCGAACACGUUUUGAGGACAGAAUAUCAAAUCAAUUUCUGACUCUGAUUCGUCAAAAAAUUUAAUGAUAAUUUUGUCGGGAGAAUACACUAAAAUGAGUGUAUUUUAAAGGGAUAUUCGCAUAAAGUACAAUAUCAUAUGAUGAUUAAAAGAAAAUAAAAACAAAUCACAAAAGCAUCUUGUUUUUAUGGAAAUAGUAGGCCUCAAUUUACUGAUAUAAGCAUAUUAUAUCUUAUUUGUAGAAACGUUCGCCCGGCCCCUAUUGCGUCAUAACAUAUUUGUAGUUUAGUUUAAAUAGUAUUUAUUUAUAUUCAAUACAAGUGUACAUAUACAUUGCAAAUUGUACAUUGGUGAGGGAUCUAGAAACAAGCUUAAAGCUUAUAUUAAUCCAUUUCCCUCUAAGGUUCGGCAUAUUGGUGAUUAGUAUGGUGGUCGAGAUACAAAUACGGUUUCAUAAUAAUAAACAGAAAAUAAUUACUUUGACAAAAAGGUAAAUUAUGGUGAAAUUUGUAGUUUAAUGACCGAACAGUAUGGAAUAUGUACAUGUAUGUACACUUUAAAAUCGACAAGAAAUAAGCCGAACGAAUUUGCGACCUCAGAAAAAGGUAUAUGUUUCAGUGACCCCUCAGUUCCGGAUUCCCUAAUGCGCUAUAUUUAGUCGGUCUAAUUUUAUAUUAGCCAGUGGUAUUCCCACUAAUUUCGCUUGUUCAACCUUAACACAGAAAAAAAUAUCUUGAUGCUGAUAAUAAUUAAAAAAAAACUCAGCUGAAAUUGUUCUUGAAAGGUACAGAACAGCCAGAAAUAUUCCAUCUUGUGCGGAUCAUACCUUUAGGUACUGAUCAAUCACUUUAUUUUAUCUAGUUCAUUACGUCAUCUAUAACGUCAUUUAAACUUGCCUUACACGACGGUAUAGGGACACGAGCAGCUAACAUGUUUGUGAAUUCUUUGUAUGGCAAUGGACAGUCUCGCUUAGACUGUCGGAGUUGCCUCCCGUCAAACGACCAUUAUGAACUGGAAUUCGUGGAGAAAACAAUUGAAACUUCGAGGACGAGUUUCAUAACAUCAAAGCUACUUAAAAAAACCACAUACACACUUAUCAUCACAUAACUUAGAAAACUUACAUCUUGGCAGAUUUUAAAGCCAAAUCUUGAUUACAAGAUCAGGGUUGAGUGUUUGUUUGUCUUAAAUUGUUCCCUGCUUGCAGCUAACCACAAAGUCACCGUAGAGAAGACACUGUCAGUAUCUAGGUGUAAUGACCAAUGGUUUUGACAGACUGCACUGUCUAGGCAAACAUUUUGGUAUAUACUAUGACUAGUUUUGUGCCAAGCUUUGAAUAUCUGUUCGCUUUUAGAACUCAACAUUAUUAUUUUCUAUAUAAAUGACCCUUACAGUAGCGUAUGUAAAACAAGCAUAUAAUUUUAACGCAGUAAUUGUGACGUCAUCAAUACCCAUGACAUCACGCGGUUGAUCGGUAGUGAGACGGUAACGUUAAUACUCGCCUAUUGAUACAGUCAAUGGAAAUGGAUUUCUGAAAAGACACACCGGCGGUAAUCUUGAAUGAGGCGACUAAUGUGAGAACCAAUCAGAUAUGGGUAUUUACUAUCUUAAGACGUGAAUGCGGUCAUAAUAAAAUUGAUGCACCUUUGAUAAUGUCUUUUAUCUAUGUUUAUAUCUAAUUCCUAACUGUCUAAUACGUUAAUGUUAUAUUGUUUGCGAAACCUCCUUAUGGUCUAACAUGUAAAAUUUUUCUAGCUUACAAAAAUUGCGGAACAAGUAAUAUCAACUUAUAUUAGUCACGCUAGCUCGCCCGCAUUUAAACUCGCGAGGAGUCUUAGUGUUGGAGGAAACCGGAGUACCCAUAGAAAACCCACGUGAUCAGGCAGAUGACGCCUAACCUUUUCACUUCCGAUCGGGAAAUCGAACCCAGGACGACGGGCGAAAUGCAAAUGUGCCCCCACCCGACAACCCACGGUCUAAGUGUUACGCAUCAGUAAGUAAAUAACCACUUACUAUUCAUUCCCCGA